AUAAAUGUUGUCUAGCGCAACUCUUACUAUUAUGCUCAUUCAAAAUGGCAGCUUCCAUAGACUUGAAUGUUGCAAAGAAAAAUUUACAGGAAAGUUUAGGCGAUGAAAUGAAACAAUAUUUACAGAAUUUGAAAUCUUGGUUUAAGCAAAAGAUUACAAAGGAGGAGUUCGACCUUGAAGCCAGAAAACUCUUACCAGAAAAUGCAGUAAAUUUACAUAAUGAAUUCCUAUUGGCAAUCAUAUCCAGAUGUCAGACCCUCAGUUCAUCAUUAGUACCGAGGGAGAAUAGCAUCGCUGGUAAGCUGUCAGACAUACAAAAGGGCUCCAAACCAGCAGAUCUCGCAAAACAUGUCAAGUCCAAACUGAAUAAACUCAGGAGGAGGUCACUGGUGUCAAAGGGCACACAGAGAUUUUUAAUUGCUAAUCCAAUAAGCAAAUUUCCACUAGCCAGUUUAAAAGGAGCUGAAGAUGCAGAAUUUGCCUCACGUGAGAUGGUUCUACCAGAUAUUACAAUGGUCCAUGGGAGAAUGUUAGUGUGUGCAUGGGAGGUGGGACUAGAGGAAGUCACCGACUCAACAGUUAGACUGGUCAUGCAGUCAGUGGAGAAUUUGUUGAAGAAUGUGAUAUCCGUGAUCUUGUCUCAGAGAAAUGGAUACAAACUGCGUGAGAAGAAGAUGAGAUUUGCCUUAGGAUCCUCAAUAAAGAAUCCUUAUCAACGACAAUCCUACCUCAGACACGACAGUCGCACUGAAAGUGAAGCCACCACAAUAACCAGCAGUGGAUCACAUGUGCCCUGCCUGAAAUACACCACAGAACUCGCUGAGGAGGAGGGCAUACACCAGCUGGCCAUGUCUCACCCAGUCCCCCCUAAUGCCCCGGUGUCCUUGUUUGACCUCAUGCAUGCCUUGCAAGCUCAUCCUAGCAUCAUUCCAGCCCACUCAGUGUACGAGUCAGCCAUGCAGAGAGUUCUUCAUCACCUGUUUCAUCUCUCCCACGAAAACAUCUCUCAGGAGCUGAUUCACCAACAAGAGCAGCAGCUUUCACAAAGCUACGCUAACAUCAGUAGAUAGCAGUCAUCAGUUCUGGGGACGGGGGAUUUAUUUCGCCAAUAAAUCCAGAGGACAAGGGGAUCUAUUUCUCCAAUAGACCCGGAGGGCAGGAUUUAUUUCCUCAAUAAAUCUGGAAGACUGGGAAUUUUAUUUCCUCAAUAAAUCCAGAGGACUGGGAAUUUUCUUUCUCCAAUAAAAUUUAGAAGAGGGGAUUUAUGUCUCCAAAAGAAUUUGGAGGAAUUGGGGAUAUUUUGCACACACACAAAAACAACAAUAAAUCGGGAGAAAAAGGAUUUAUUUAUCCAACGAAUGUGGGGGGGGGGGGGGGGGGGGGGGGGGGGACAGGGGAUAUAUUUUUGCAACAAAUCCAAGGAACAGGAGGUAUAUUUUUCUGAAAAAUCCAGGGAAGAGGGGAUAUAUUUCUCCAAUAAAUCUGGAGGACAGGAAAGUUAUUUCUCCGAUAAAUCUAGAUAGUGAAGUUAUUUCUCCAAUAAAUUUGGAGAGCAGGGGAUAUAUUUUUCCAAUCAAUCUUGAGGACAGGCAAGUUAUUUCUCCAAUAAAUUUGGAGAGCAGGGGAAAUAUUUCUCCAAUAAAUCCAGGGAUGGUGGAUAUAUAUUUUCAGUGGAACAAGGGAUUUAUUCUCCAAUAAAUCCAGAAGAUGGGACAUAUUUCCGUAAUAUAUCCAGGGAAGAGCGGAUUUAUUUCUCUAAUAAAUUUGGAGGAUUAGGGAUGUCUUUCUCCUACAAAUCUGGGGAAGAGAGGAUUUAUUUCUCCAAUAAAUCUGGUAUCGGUGGGAUAUAUUUCUCCCAUGGUAUCAAAUUCAGAAGUUCUUUCAUAUCUGUUUGUAGUCAUAACAUUUUACAAUUUGAAAUCAUGUUGAAGUAUGUAUGUGUAUGUUACUUGUUAUGGAGUAUUUUGUUAUGAUCUGAUCACAUUGUCCCUCUCCAUGCACUGUGUACACAUCGGUGUGUGAAGUUGUUGUUUUAAGAGAGUUUGUCAGUACUACAAGGUACUAAUCUCAUUGUAAGAUUAAAAGUACCAAUGUGUAUCUGACUGAAAUGUACUUAUUAUUCAUGAAUGAGAGAUUUUGAUUCCUCUUUUAUAUACUUGUACAAUGACCUGGCGUUUUCUUUUAUAAGUAGUAAUAAAUAGUGACUUUUG